AUGUCAGUGCCUCAAGCAUCGACACAAGAGCUGAAAACACCACACACUGAGGAGAUUGAUGUGCCUGAUGAUCCGUGCGAGGAUGAUGAUGAUGAUCGGAGACUGUGGAUUGGGAACCUGGGCACUGAAAUAACAGAGUAUUUAAUUCUGAAGCUGGUACAGAAAUUUGGAGCUCUGCGGAAGAUUAACUUCAUCUACCACAAGGUGGGGCCAGACAAAGGCAAGCCCAAGGGCUACUGUUUUGUCAGCUUUCAUACUUGGGAGGCUGCAGAGAAGGCCAGGAAAGCCCUGGAUGGUCGAGUUGUCGUGUCCCGCAGGCUCUUUGUCAAAUGGGCCAACAAAUUAAAAAAG